AAUUUCAACACUAUGAUGCGUAUCGAGGAAGAAACAACUUCAAGUUGCGCGUCUGAUUAUGGUUCAGAUACCGACGAAGGAACCUCUGGUGAGACAGCCUACCAAGAUUCGGCCCAUAUACUAGCAGAGAAUCUCGGUAUGAUCGGUGCUAUCAUUGGCUACAUUCAAGAUAACUUCUUCGACUAUGGAGUUCUUCCAGCUCAUGGCAUCGCAAAAGAUCUCUUCCUGAGAUGGACUCGGAAACAUCAAAAAGAUAUCAUUCAAUUGGGAUCCCGCGCAAUCACGAAUGAUAACACGCUAAGGGCACUUUGCGAUCCACUACAUAGAUCUUCCNCCGACAACUUCGCUCAUUUCAGGCCAGUGAUGCCUGACGAGAAGUCGCCACACAAGCGACUCCUUGUUCUAUUUGAGACAGCUGAGGACGCCAGAAAGCGCGCUUUGAAAGCCUACCGCGAUCUGGUUGUCGUUUCCAACUAUCCACCACACCAGAUGCUGAAUUUUGGUCUGCAUAAUUUCCAGCAUCCUCAUUUGCCUCUCGAUGGAUUCUUCGUCUCGAAGUUCGAAGAUCUUUCGAUAGUAGGGCAUUACAUCUCUAACGCGAUGUCUAAGAUCGAUGAAGAGUCGGCAACCAGAUACGAACACAUAAGCAGGUCGAUUCGUGAAGAAGAAUACUCACUAAUGAACAAGGAGUUUGAAACAAGAGUCGUCGGACUUCAGUCACUAAGCUUCAAAUCAGAGACGAAAUCAAUGUCCUAUCAACUAAACAUGGGCCAGUCGAGAUUGAACAUCGCUAGGCUCAAACACGAGCAGCGUCUGAUCCUCCAUCAACAUGUCUCGCCGGGUUGCGACGAUAGUUUCCGAACUGUGGAAAGUAUAUUCGAUUUGGUUUCUGAACUCCCGCCCUGCGAUGAUGAACAAGGGGUUAUUGAUAUGUGUGUCUCGAGUAGCGAGUCUACUUGGAAAGUUAGAGAGGUGUUGGUACGUUGUUCUGAUCAACGCGACUUUUGUCCACGGCACAUAACCACAGUUCAGGAUGCGUAUGCUGUAUUCGGGUCUGUUCCACUUUGGCCCCAGUAA